AUGAACGCUUAUAUUUUCUCAGCAAAAACCCGUCUUGGUACUUUCUUGAGUAACAUAGUACCGCAGCAUUUUUUUCUUAGAGAAUCACAAUCAUUUAAAUCUUUUAAAUUAAAUUUUAUGUUUUUACUUGGUCAUAAGCCGGCAGGAUACCGAUAUUUCAUUGCUGCACUUGAUCUUCCUCUUGCAGUGGCUUUUGGCAUGUAUGUUUACUUAUGUAUUAAUGCGCCAAGUGACAACAGGAUAAAGCCAACAAUUGUCAGUUUUACAGUUCUCGCCUUCUUAGCACUGUUAUCGGCAGGCUAUUUCGAGACAACUAUGAGAAGUGUAUACAUCUCGGCAUAUCUAAGAGCAGUUCAGAUACGGAAUCGCAGAAAUCAGCGUCGUUCUCGAAAUACUAAUACGCCUACCAAUACCAAUGCAAAUGUUGAAAGUAGUUAUGUUGACAAUUAUAGUAAUCCUCCGGUCGCUAACCCGAGUGCAAUGCCGUCUCGAUCUGCAGUUGACGAGCCACCAACAGCCCCUAUGGAUCCGCCGCCAUAUGAUGAUGAUGAUGAUGAUGAUGUGAAGCCAUUAGUUCCAUAA